AUGAGCUUCGACAGCCAACCCAUGAUCGGAAUGUCCAAUGAGCGCUCUUAUCUUGUCGAGAACCUUCGUAGACAACACGAAAGGGGCGAAAGGCUCUCUCAUGCCCUCCAUAAUGUGGAAGCACGACUCGGUUCUGCGCAGAGCAAGGGCGAGGCCAGGAAGCUCCGAAAAGAAGCCGGCCUGCUAAGGAGCAAGAUCGCCGAGUCCCGCAAGCAGGAGGAGCUCAUCACGAUGAGAUUGAACGACCUGCAGAACGAAGACCUCAAAUACUUCUACCAGACCCAGCAGACAAGCCUGUUCCCGUAUUCCUACCCGCCGCCACAGCCCUGGGGCCAGAUCCCAAUGCCUCCCAUGACGCCCUUGACGCCCAUAUCGCCCCUCACGCCGUUGCCUGCGGGCCUCUAUCAUCCAACGCCGGUGCCGCCGAGUUCACUGGAUUCUCCCUUCCUUUUCAGCCCGACGUUUCCAACAGUGAAUCCUAUCGUGCAGUAUGAGCAGGACUCGUAUCUCGCAGGCAUCGACCAGGCCGUGUCUGUGGUAGAGCAAAGCGACAGUGGCACCCCGGUCAAGAUGGAAGAUGUCAAGCGGUAUAGCCUGGUGGCGGAGCCCGUCCGGAGGUGGUCGCUUGCUGAUACGUUUUCCCCUUCGCCAAAAGACAAGAGGAUGAGCAUGCCGGGAUUGAAAACCAUUUGGCAUUUUUCAAUAUCGGCUGAAGAUGUAGGUUUGGCAGGUAUACCAGACAUCAACGGGUGA